AUGGUACACUUUUACUUACUCUCGAAAACAAUAAUAGCAGAUAAGGAUUAGAUUUUGUGGAAGGAGUUUUACAUUGAAGAACGUGGUAUUUUCAUGUAUAUUUUAUUCAUCUAAUUAAUCGCAGGAACAGUGCGUGGCGACAGCCUUUGUACUCGAUAUCGUAGUACUUUUCGUAAAAGUCUUGAAUGAGCUCCUCGACCUGACAACAGAAAAAAUGUCCAUCGAUAUAUUACAGACAAAAUGCGGUGUAUGCUCAGAGGUAGCACACGAGCCCUACAUCGAGUGUUGUGAGUGCGAUGCCUAUUUAUGUACAACAUGUUUCGCGGCUGGGCGUGAAUUUGGGAAUCAUAAAAAUGACCACAAAUAUGCCGUCAGACGCAACGACUUUCCGGUCUUUGACAACUGUAACUGGUCUGCAAAAGAGGAAUGUAAACUACUAACAGCAUUAUCUACAUAUGGUUAUGGUAAUUGGGAAGAGAUUUCCAAAAACGUGCACACACGUUCUAAAUUGGAAUGUCAAGAGCACUAUAAAAAGUAUUACAUAGAAAAUGUGCAGUACAAUGAAUUAAAGUUAUUGCCAGAGACAAAACAAUCAUUAUUUCCAAAGCCUGUUAUACCAUAUUUGUACAGUUUGGAUGUAAGUAGCAAUCCACCUCGAAAUAACCAAAGUGAUCAGCACCUGGCAGGAUAUAAUGCUCACAGAUCUGAAUUCGAACUAAGCUAUGACCAUAAUGCAGAAAGUAUAUUUAAUAUUGAGGAUAAUUAUUCUGACUCUGAUAAUGAUGAUAAUGAAUGUAUGGACUCAUUAAAAAUAGCUUUAGUGAAUUCAUUGAAUACACGACUGAAAGAACGGCAAAGAAGAUAUAAGAUAAUACAAAAUCAUGGGCUUAUAAUACUUAGUAAAUUCUCAUCAUGGCUUCAAAAUUUCGACAGUACCCUUACAAGACCCAAAUAUGAAAGGCUCACAACUUUUAUGCAGUUUAUGACUGGAAUGCAAUUUGAUGCUUUUAUGGAAGGUUUAAACCUAGAGUAUGAGCUUAUUCAAAAGUUUUCACAACUGUGCGAAUAUAGAAGAAAUGGUAUUAGAACUGUUAUCGCUGGCAGGUUACAUAAACAGUUAAAAAAAGAUCAUCAUUUGAUGUUAAAGGAGCAACAACAAGCAUCACAAAUUAUGAUAAACAAAUUUUACAACCAAUCGCCUGUUAAAUACAGGGUCCCAUUCCUUAAUAAAUUUAACCAAAUCAAGAAAGUUAAGAGAACAUGUAUGCCUUUGGACAUAGUGGAUUUGCCAGGAUUUCAUCUUUUAUCAGAUUCUGAAAAAGGCUUAUGUUCAAAUCUCCGUUUGGUUCCAACAAAUUAUAUAGAAAUAAAAGAGCAACUCAUUCUAGAAAAUAACAAAAUGGGCUUUUUACGACUUUUAGAUGCUAGAAGAAUAGUCAAAAUUGAUGUGAAUAAAACUAGAAAAAUUUAUGAUCAUUUGGUAUCUGAAGGUUUUCUUAUUAAACCACUUUAA